AUGGCACCUCAUCGACGCAACAUAGGUGCAAGUCGCCGAAAGAGACGGGAGGAUGAAGGGGAGGAGGAAGGCUCGCUGAGUGGUGAAAUAGAGGACGACUCCCUAAGCGAGGGCUCAGUCAUCAGCCAACAGGACGAGGAUGACGCCGACGGAGAGGUGACAGAAGACAGCGAGGACGAGAUCGCGACAAGCGAAGAUCCGAAACAGCGCCAGCUUAAUGGUCGUAUGCCUGAAGUCCCGCGCCGCCGUCAUUCAGCGUCACUCCAUGAAGCGCGGUUAGCGACGACUAUGCCUGAUACGGAUGCGAUGCUGAACGGGAUGAAGAUAGAAGGCGAGGGAACAGGUGUGGCUGAAUUGCAUUUUGACGAAAUGGAAGCGGAACUCGGUCAGACUGGGAGAACGCCAUCUGCACCACCCACCGAGGCGACCAGGGACUCAUUUACAGAUAGGAAACGCUCAGAGACUGAGAGGAUGGGCAGAGGGAAAGGCGAGGAUCCGACAGCUGUGCCUACGCGAGGCAGCUUCUUCCUUCAUGACAAGCGUUCGACAGAAUCUGGAGCAAACGGUCACAAGGCUUUCAGCAAGCCAAAAUCCAGGCCGUACGGUCUUAUUGUGGACGGAAAUGUUCGAAGAAAACCAGAUAUUACCACCGAAGGGCCUUGGACUCAUGACCUUCACGAUACAGUUGCUGGAGACGAUCCGCCUGCUUCCAGACGUCCUCCGCCCUCAACAGCCGCCUCGUCAUUCUCUCAUAUAACCUUGCCCACGGCUGUGCCUACCGCGACCAACACUUCUGCGCCAAACCGCGCUUUUUCGACCACCACUAAUGUCGGAAAAGUGGCUGUCGUGGUAUUUCUUCCGGGCAUGAGUAAGCCAACACGUUUCGAGGUUGAGAAGAAGCAUUACACUCGAUUACCAGAACACCGACCCCCGCUGCGCCGAGACAAGCCCGUUAGAAUUUCAGUUCCUGGUCAAGCACCUAGAUAUAUAUUUCCUGCAACGGAGCGAUCCUUUGUAUUUAUACCAAGGGCUCAGCGGCCCAACCAACAGGCUUACCGUGGACGUGGCAGAGGUGGGUUCUAUCAAGGGCGCCGCUCAAGCUUUUACGCAAGCUCGACAUACACACCAAGCGUGGCAAUGAGCCGAAGGUCGUCGUUUGGCAAGCCACCUUCCCAGGAUGGCUAUCACUCACCAGCUGCGUCCGUGAUAUCACGGCAUACAGUAAUUACGACCGAGAACGGAAAACCGGUUGUUCGUUUACCUCCUCCCCGAGUCCCUGGGGCCCAUCCGUCGGCCGCCCCAGCUCCGUUGCCCCCGACUUAUCCCUCACAGCCGCAGACUGUAUGGCGUGAGAGUCGUCCUGCUCCUAUACCGAUGCAUCAGCCUCGCCCGCAAAAGGCCGUGUCUCUGGCCGACAUUGAGACUCCCGCUACUUUUGUCAACUCCCCGCAGGCGCAGCAAGAGCAACCGUUCCACCAUCAAGUUCCCGUGCCCGGUGGUAGCACUGUAUAUGGCCCCGAAGCCCCCACCAACUACGCCCCCUCAUCGCAUACAGCCGCAACUCCUUUGUCGCAGAUACCUGAACGCGCUGUGCAUGCCCCGCCGUUCCAAGCUUACGGGUUCCAGCAGCCUCAGGCCUACUACCCAAGCCCUUACCAACAGGGGCCUGUAUUUUAUCCCGUUUCGGGUACAGAGUUUGCGCCUUAUAACGGCGUCGGGUCGGGACCAGCCGCUCCUUUCCCUGCGGGACAAAACGUUCCGUAUAUGGUUCCAACGCCGACGGAGCAAACGUCACAAUCCGGCACGGUUGCACAUGAGUCAGGCGGAACGGUUUAUUAUCUGGACGCCUCACAAAUGUACUCUGGGCCAACAACGUUUAGCGGGACCCCCGCGGGUGGCGCUGUCAACAUGGGUGGGAUGAUGACACCUGGUACUACAUAUUAUUACCAUCAACCUCAAGGUGUCUACUUUCCCCCACAGUAA